CCCCAGUCACGAGGGAGAGAGAACACACCCCAGACUUCUCCCCUUCCUAUCCCUUCCUGGCAGCCUCCCCAGAGGCCCACAGCUGUGGGCUCAAGGUGGAGGCUGGAGGGAAUGCUUUCUCCCUCACGGACUCUCCAUCUUCUCCACCAGCUCUCCUGCAGUUCCUGGGUCACUCAGACAAGCAGUUCAUUGUGCCUGAUCCGGCAGCUGAGGCGGCGCCAGGAGCAGGAGCAGGGACGGAGCUGAUGGCCGGUGCCCAGGGGAGGAGUCUGCCUGUUGGGGCAUCGGGAGCCCAGGGAGAGCUGGUCCCCUCUGGGUCUGUGGGUCCUGGCCACACCAUGCAGUCCCCAUCCUACAGCCUCCCCUCGGGGCUCAGCCUCAGCGACUUUGUCCCAAGCUGCCUGCAGGCACAGACAUUACCGCGCCAUCAAGGGACCCGGGUGUCUGUGCUCCGGAACGGUGGCUCCAACACACUCAACUUCCAGUUCCAUGAUCCAGCCCCCAGGACGGUGUGCAAUGGGCGCUCGGCAUCCAGGAGAGUCGCCCCAGAUCCUUCUUGGUACCAAACCUGGCCCGUUUCUGAGAGCCAGGGCCCAGGAGGCAUGAAGCAGCCCGUAUCUCAGGGUGGCCCGAACUGGUCAGCUACGUGGACCAAAGGCGGCAAGCCGAAGGACAAGCGCUGGGUCAAAUAUGAGGGCAUCGGGCCAGUGGACGAGAGCGGGAUGCCCAUCGCCCCUCGUUCUAGCGUAGGCAGCCCACGUGACUGGUACCGGAAAAUGUUCCAGCAGAUCCACCGAAAACUUCCAGAGCUGCAGCUGGACUGGGCUUUUGAGGAGCAAGGCAAAGAGCCCAGGCAUCUUGGACCACUAUUGAGAGCUGCCUCUCGGAGUCCUUCAUCUCUCCACAGCAGGAGGAGCCAUAAGGACCCUAAAGAAGGGGCUGGAGACAUCUUCAGCUAUAAGCCUGGAACCUCACCUCUCCUGCAGACAAGACCUCAGGUGGUCAGGUACCAGAAGAAAGCUGAAGAUGUCUGGACUGAGGACUCCUGGAACCAAUUUCUACAAGAACUAGAGACAGGGCAGAAGCCCAAGAAGCCAUUGGUGGAUGAACAUACUGAGAAGCCCUCUUUACCAAUUGAGAUCUUACUGGAGAGGGAACUGGCCAGGCUGAAUGAGGAGCUGGACAAAGACAUGCGAGCCAUUGAGAUGAAGCUGCCCCCGGACAAGGGCUCAGUGCAGGCGAGCCGCCCCCGGGACAGAGGACCCUUGGUUCGCUUGUCUCCGGCCCGGGCUUCCAGCCCAUCCCAAGCACUUUACCAUAGCACCUCACGGGCCCUGAGCCCCCACAGAAUGGAAGAUGGAGGGAGCCCCUUCCUGGGUCGGAGAGACUUUCUCUACCCACCCCCCACCCAAGAUCCAAAUGGGGCAGAGCCUGGGGAUGGCCUGGCAAAGAAAGAAGAGAAGAAGAUGAAGGCUGCACGGCUCAAAUUUGACUUCCAGGCUCAGUCACCUAAGGAGUUGACCCUGCAGAAGGGAGACAUUGUGUACAUCCACAAAGAGGUGGACAAAAACUGGCUGGAGGGAGAACAUCAUGGGCGGCUUGGCAUCUUUCCAACUAACUAUGUAGAGGUGCUGCCCCCAAAUGAGAUCCCAAAGCCCAUCAAACCCCCAACCUACCAGGUACUGGAAUAUGGAGAGGCUGUGGCCCAGUACAACUUCAAGGGGGAUUUGGAGGUGGAGCUGUCCUUCCGAAAGGGUGAGCGGAUCUGCCUGAUAAGGAAGGUGGAUGAAAACUGGUAUGAGGGGCGCAUCUCAGGGACUGGACGACAGGGCAUCUUCCCUGCCAACUACGUCCAAGUCUCCAAAGAACCCAGGCUCAAGGUCUGCGAAGAUGGUCCUCCUCCCACCCACCUGACCCUGGCUGGCUCCCAAGUCCCUGGGUCCCCACGCCUGGGCACCUCUCGCCUAGCAAGGCCAUCUGGUUCCCCCUCUGCACCCCAAAGCACAGCUGACACCACCGACUGGGGGGGCCGAACCUCUCCCUAUCGUACUGGUUUUGCGUUUCGUUCCAGCACCCAGGAACCUUCCCCAUGGACCUCUCCAUCCAGACCUCAGAGCCAGGGUCUUGGUGCCUCUAGGACAUUACCAUCCCACCACUGGGGUCCCAGCCCUCACCAAGACUCUUCUUCUUCCUCUUCUGGAUCCUCUAAUAUUCACUGGACCCCGUACCGGGCAGUAUAUCGAUAUUGGCCUCAGAAUGAAGAUGAAUUGGAGCUUCGGGAAGGAGACCAGGUGGAUGUCAUGCAGCAGUGUGACGAUGGCUGGUUUGUGGGUGUCUCCCGGAGGACCCAGAAAUUCGGAACAUUCCCAGGAAACUAUGUGGCCCCCGUGUGAGUGGGCCCUUUGGCAGCCUGGAGCAAGCCCAGAGCUCUGCCGUAGGAGGGCCCGGCCCGGGGGUGGGGAGAAGGGGUGAGGG